GAUACGAUAUUAUCAACAAAUUUGGAAGAUAAAGAUUUAGAGGCUGGUACAUAGCUUAGGUUUCUCUAGUGUAUUGUGAUGAUUUUGACUUUUAUAUAAAUUAAAAAUGGCGAAAUAUUUAGGUAUAAUUCUGACUAUAUUUACCAUCUUUGCAGCUAGGCCAGCGUACAGUGACAGCACGACUGGUUGUGACGAUGGUUGGAUACCCUACAAUAAUAACUGUUAUAUGAUAAACACAUUAAAGAGUGUUUCACGGUCUGCUGCAGCCCAGGAGUGUAACUACCAGGAUUCCUCCUUAGUGCGUAUAACAUCACAAGAUCAACUGACAUGGCUCCUACAGACGUUGAAGAAAUACCCAAGCAGUGGUUAUUGGACAGAUCUCAAUGAUAUACCUAAAGUUAAAGCAAACAGGCUUGGUACAGGAGUCUGGAAAUGGGGGAUGUCUGAAUAUGCCAACAUGUCCCUUGUCCAAUGGAACCAGUCCCCUGCAAAUGAUGGUCAGUCUAAAUGUGGUGCUGUCAACAUACAAGGCAAAUUGGCAGAUUUAAAUUGUAAAGCUAGAGAAGGAUAUAUUUGUCAUUAUCAUUCUCCUGAUGGCGGCUGCGUUCUCGGAUGGUUACAAGGUGGCGAUGGAUCUUCCUGUUACUAUGUUGGCAAUACAUCUGACCCGUCAGCUCUGAAGACAUGGGCCCAAGCAAAGGCUUUAUGCGAGGGCAUGGGCAAUGGUGCACAAAACCCUAAAAUGUUUGAUAUUGAUGAUCAAAAUGAUAAGAAUUUUCUUAUGGGAGAAAUACCCUACCUGUCGCAGACGACAAAAGUUCACUGGAUUGGUCUUAGUCAAAAUGCUGCUGGUUCCUGGGCAUGGUACACUGGUAAAAGCGUGGAUAAAACCCUUGCACAAUGGCAGAAGGAGCCGGAUAACGUGGCUGGAAUAGAAAACUGUGGUGUGUUGAGGAUGACUGGAAAAUUCAGCGACAGAGACUGUUCAUCUAACGCAAACUUCAUCUGCUACAAACCACAGUAUUACUAUUCGCCAACUGAUAAUAUUGGCUGUGGUCCCUGGAUUAGAGCAGGGAAAUUCUGUUACGGAUUUAUGGCUGGAAAACACAUGGACACCUGGCUAGGCGGAAGAAGUUAUUGUCAAUCGAUGGGAGGGGACCUUAUGAAAAUUGAUUCAUUUGACAAAAAGACUUGGCUAGAACAGCAAAUGUUGGAUCCAGAAAAUGAAAGAGUUUUCUGGGUAGGAUUAAAUGACCGUCAGAAUGAAGGGAGCUACGUUUGGGCCGAUGGUACCCCAGUAAACCAAACAUAUAUAACAUGGAACCAAGAGCCUAAUGACUACAAAGGGAACGAGGACUGCGCAUUGAUAUACACAACUGGUCAAUACAACGAUAUAGCCUGCAGCAUACAUGCCGCUGCUAUUUGCGAGCUUGAUAAUCAAGCAUCGUGCUUUCCUGGCUGGAAAUCAAACGGUGGAAAUUGUUACCUAUUCACACAAUACAACAAUGUAUCUUUACUCUACAACCAAAACGAGGCUGCAACCUAUUGUGCAACAUUUGCUACAAAUGCUAAAAAUGUUGGCACUCUGUUGUCAGUGGACAAUCUAGCAGAAAAGACAUUCAUCAUUUCGCAAGUGAAGUCCAUGUCGGACAACGUUUAUGGUUGGUACACGUCUUUGAAUGACAUUCAAACCGAAGGAUACUGGGCAUUUAGUUCCGGGCCUUUGUUUGACCCAACUCUUGUUGACUGGAGCGGCGAACCAAGCACAAACAAGGGAGACAACUGCGCAAUGCUUAAUUUUGGUGCAGUUCUACACGAACGUAACUGUGAAAAGAAAAUCCCGUACAUAUGUGAAAGAUACGCUACCGGUUACAGUACAGGUGUCAAUCUCAGAGGAAGUGUAGUUACAGCUUUUAUUCUUCUACUGGCAUCUAGAAUCUUUUAACAAUUUAGAAUCAUGUCACCUUGUUGAAACAUACAACCUGAACACUUUCUACUAUUCUAUUCAGUAAGGAUUAUGUACCUGUAUGGAAGUAUCGUGUCAAAUUGUAUCCGGAACUCCGCCAGCAGAUACCAUCUUGUACUGUUGAUAGUCAUUGCUUUGAUGCAGAUUAUAUUAUUUUAACCCAAGUUUGACUUUUAAUCACGCUGUAAACAAACACUAAAUUAUCAUUGCUCAUUUUCAUCAUGGUGUACUAGUCCUUAAAAUGUAUAUUCUGUUCUGGUGCGUUCUUAAAACUGUAUAUAAACUUAAUGUCUCUUUAGCAUUCAUUAUAUUGGUUUCAAAGACAUACAAAAAACGUGUUGUAUAGAUCUUUGUUUUGUCCGAAUCCUGCCCCAGGUCGGAAUAUAAUUUCCUGAUCCUAAUUUUCCCUAAGUGUGUUGCCAGGUAAUGACAUACAUGUACAUGUAUUUGACAUAAAAUAGUAUAAGUUAUUUUAUUACUAAACUAUGCAGUAUCAGACACAAUGUUAGAUAAAUUGUGUAUAUAUUAUGAGACAGAUCUCAGCUGAGCCAGUACUGGAGGGCCAGUAUGAAAAUGCCAGGGGCAUUGUGUUAGUCAAUAUGGAAUUCAAGCAUUUUAAUUGAUUAACUAGAUUGGAUAAAUGUAGCUUAAAUAAUACAAUUCUAAUUAGGUAAUUUUACGCUUGCUGUAUUAUUUGACCUCUGCCAGUUGUACUGGCAUUCGACCUCCGGCCAAUACGACCAGACUGAGACAAAUGCCAUUAUUAACAAUAUUUUGAUAGUGUUUCUAUAAAAUAAUAAUUUGGUAUACAAGUAAAUGCCGUCAUGGCGAUGUGAAUAAACAUAAUGUAUUAAAA